CAUAUGUUUGGUGUAGUUUUUAUCUACUUUACGCCAGUGUAUUUCUCAUACUUAAUUUGUGCAUAUAUUAACUUGUCUAAAAGUAGCAAAUCAAAGAUUAUAUCUUGAACAUGGACUGUUUUAAUAAAGAGGAAGAGUUUUGCAGAUACUUGUGUUCUGAACUUAAAAAAGUCAAACAAGAGGAAACAUUUGAUGAUCUGAAGAUAGAAAUACUACAAUUGGUAACGUCAACAAUUAAAACAGAGAAAUCAAUGUUGAAAAAUACUCAAAAAAAUAUCAAACGACAAAAUAAUAUUAAUUAUACAACAGCAAAGCGACAAAAUUUGGGUAAAUCCUUUACACCUAUUCCUAUUUCACAGUCAACAGCCAUUGAAUAUCUUGAAGAUCCUCUAGAUACUGGAAUUCUCUCCGACUGAAUAAUUGUUCUAUAAAAUAUAAGUAAAAUAUUAAUAUUUUAAUUUUACUUUUUUUAGGGAGCAAAUAAUACUCGGAAAUCUCCCAUAAGUAUUUUUUUUUUUUUGUAGUUCUAACAUAUAGCGUUUUUCGAUUGAUAAAUCUGAAUUCAAUCUAGAUAUACUCACGAUCUGUCGAGAAAGUAAUCUUACCUUUUUGCAUUUGUGCAUAUAUAUUUUCCAUAAACAAUUCAUAUUCAUAUGUCAUAUAAAACAGCUGUGAAUUUCGGGGUAAUCUUGCUAAUCUGGCCAAAUAUCUAGAGUGAAAAAUUAAUUUCGAGUGUUAUACAUUUCACUCGAGAUUUAUUAAUUGAA